AUGACUUUUCUGGGGUUAAACCCAAGCAUUGGUGAGCAGGAUUUCUUGUUCUCACUGACAAACAUCUGUAUUCUUAUAUCUUUAGGUCAGCUCAACAAGCAGAAGGAUGAGCUCAACCAACAACAUGGUGAAUUAAAAAACCAACAUGAUGAGCUCAAAAAACAAUAUGAUGAGCUCAAACAAGAGUCUGCCACAGAUGAACUCUGUAAAAAAGCAAGUGAUGAACCGCCCAAUGAGAAUAAGCCCCUCAAACAAAGUGAACCACCCCAUGAGAAUAAGCCCCUCAAACAAAGUGAACCACCCCAUGAGAAUAAGCCCCUCAAACAAAGUGAACCACCCCAUGAGAAUAAGCCCCUCAAACAAAGUGAACCACCCCAUGAGAAUAAGCCCCUCAAACAAAAUAAGCCCCUCAAACAAAGUGAACCACCCCAUGAGAAUAAGCCCCUCAAACAAAGUGAACCACCCCAUGAGAAUAAGCCACUCAAAGAAAAUAAGCCCCUCAAACAAAGUGAACCACCCCAUGAGAAUAAGCCCCUCAAACAAAGUGAACCACCCCAUGAGAAUGAGCCCCUCAAACAAAGUGAACCACCCCAUGAGAAUGAGCCCCUCAAACAAAGUGAACCACCCCAUGAGAAUGAGCCCCUCAAACAAAGUGAACCACCCCAUGAGAAUAAGCCCCUCAAACAAAGUGAACCACCCCAUGAGCAUAAGCCACUCAAAGAAAAAAGAACACGCUGCGUUAUUAGCUGACAUCUCUGCCUGGAUAACAGUAACCUUCAGCAGAAGUUGUCAACAAGAUUCAGCAGGACAUGGACAUCCAUCACAUCCUUUGGAAAA